GCACCUUGGGAAUUUAAGUUGGCAUACUUUUAAGAGUUUGAAGUAAACAACUCUUGCUCAUUUAUUUUACUCUUGCCAUCAGUUACGCAAUGGACUCUAGCUGAACAGAAGUCUAACUGAAGACUAGUUGUGUUUCAUUCUGCUCCCUAAUUCCCUAUGACGUGCUUGAGGACAUUGUGAACAAAUGAUCUCGAGUGAAAAUCUCCAGCUAAGCUCGUGAACACCAGUGAGAGCCGAAGCGUUUCCUCCACUGCUCAUCUCCUGAAAGGACAACAGUGGUGAUCAGUCUGCUCUGGGUCAUGCUGUGUGGCUGACUUCUAUGCUCUAGCUGAAAUGAGGUUGGUGAUUUUGGGGUCGCGGCCCCUCUUGGCCUUGACCCUCACGCUCACCCUCACCUGCCUAAAACAUCUGUGCCAUGGUGCGACACCCUUUCCUCAGGACCUGGAGCCCAUCAGCACCGUCGGUAGUGAACGCACCUACCUGUACCCCAGUUUCCAGGGGAACAUGUCAGAUAACGACACCGCCAGACUGGGGCUGGAUUUUCAGAGGAUGCUGCGGAUUAACCACAUGGUCUACAUUGCUGCGAGAGAUCACGUUUUUGCCAUUAACCUCAGUGCUUCAGCGGAGCAUAUCUUCCCCCAACAG